AACUUCAGUUGAGCAUUUAGAUGAUUCCUCUUACAAUUCCUGUAUUUCAGAUGACUAUGUGCUAUGGAAUGAACAAAAGACAGACUUGAUCAGACCAGAUGACAGAUUUCUCCCAUCAGAAUUAAAAUUUGACCACAGAACCAUUUUCCAGGACGACUAUCUGUACAGGGGGCUGGUUGCCACUCAGAACUUCAAACCUCCAAAUCAAGUUCAGAAAACCAAGGCUCCUGAGUAUAUAACUAAUUAUAGAGUGAAAUAUGUGCCGCAUCCUCCUGAAAAGCAUUACAUCCAUAAAAAAGAGAAAUAGAAGGCCAAUGAGGUCCCAUUUGAUGGCCUCACUACCCACAGAGUUUCUUACAAGGGAAUGGCUGGUCAGCCAGCCAAACUUGCAAAACCAUGCCAGUCAAAGUAUCUCAAUGAUACUCCAUUUUCCUCUACAACUGAGUAUCAGGACAAAUACCAAACUUGGCCACGGGCUUCCAUAAUCACCAAAAAACCUGUUGUAUAUCUUCCUCCUCUUGAGAAAAUGGACCUUCAGACCACUAUUAAGAUACAUUACAAGCACCCAAAUGGCAAGCCAACCAAGACGUGUCAAUCUGUGGCCCAAAUACCUAAAAGUACUGGGCCAUUCAAUAGCUCUUCUACAAUGAAAGAAGACUAUAAGCCUUGGCUGUGCAAGAGGCUAAAACGUAUCAUUCAUGCUCCAGAUCUGACUUUCUCAGCAAAGCCAAUGGAUUGCUUGACUACUUUUCAGACCCAUUAUGUGCCUCAUUGGCCCACAGUUACGAAGAGCUAUAAAUCUGCCUGGUCAGGCCCAAAGGAUCAAACUCCACUACAAGCUAAAACGAUCUACACUGCCAGCUACACACCCAAAGCUUUUGUUAGAUGCUUGGCCUCUUACAGACACCCACCUGGUUAGGUCUUUGAGGGAACUAAUGCUGAUGGUCACAGUCUCUAUCUACCUGCUUCCAAGAGUCGAGUGCCUGCAGGGUUGACACGGAAGGAAGAAGAGAGUGGACAUCAUCUUGGAAAUGGAUUCAAAGAGCAAGGCCCCAGUGAGCUACAAAUGAAAGCUUGAUUUUCUUUGUAACCUUCUUUCAAACCAAUCUCUGAUUUUAUAUUUGGAGAGCUCUUAAAAUACACUUUAUUUCCAGACAUUGA